AUGAACCCUUUGUGGAAAUCCUACAAGAGCAAAGUGCUCAAGACCAUCAACCCCGAGUACGAGGAGGACGCAGCCGAGGAGAAACACCUGUACAGUGUUGACCCAGAUCUGCGAGGCCUGAAACCUGAGACUGAGGCCUGGCUGCAGGUCCUCUGUGUAUCUGACAGGGAUGAUUCUCAGGGGAUAAUGGAGAAAGUACAGAUAGUGCACAGGAGUGUAGAGGAGAGAGUGUAG